GUAGAAGUUAGACGGUCGAUAACUUUGCAGUAAAUAAACAUAAACUGAUCGAAUUUCCGACGUUCGAAGCGAAAAAGCCUUGUCUUUAAAAUGCGGUUCGAUUCAUCUCGAUCCGACUUCCGGUUUCGGAAAUAUCGUCGCGUGAAGGCGAGCAUAAUUCUUUUGGCGCCGAUGCUGUCCUUGGCUGACCUACCCCAAUCUCCACCAAUCGGUGUAGACGUGCGUAAAUGGGUCACUGUCAAAUGCUGCGAACUAAUCUUUGAAAGCCUGUAUCUUCCAUACGGAUUGAGAUAUCGGAAUGAAUCACAAGCGGCUUUUUCCUUCUUGACUUCUCCCAUCAAUUUACAGGGCUUUCACCCGGAAUGCUCGCAGUGAAGUUAAUCGUAAGUAAAAAACAUGCGUAUUAUAUAUUUGUGAUAUUAGAAAUUUGCAACAAAAAAGACUAAACAGCAUCAAUAAAGAUACGCUAUUUCGAUUAGGGUCGUUCUCCUUAAUACAUAUCCACUGUCCAAUGUUCCAUAGAGGAAUAUUGUAAUAAUUCAUACGAUAGAUUACUCGCAACAGAUUGCUUAUCGCUUAGAUCUUGGAACAGAGAAUAUACUUGUUAUGUUUAUUACAUUAUUUUCGUUCAUAAUUAAUUAAUGGAUAGCCAGUUGCGUGCAUGGUUUCUCUUGAAGUGUAGGAACGUUUACUCUAAAGCUAAACGACGUCGAAGCAAGUGCCGAAAAUGGCUUCGGAAGGAUGCUACUUUUACAAGGAUGAGAUCCUGCCGGAUUUUCAAACUCGUCAGAAAGCUGCGUUGGCAGGAAAAGAAUCCAUUCCCAACGACUUGCCGAAUAAGAUCGGCAUGCCAACUAUCAAUCCGAAAUCGAACGUGAAAAAGUAUUUAGUGGAAUGCGUGAGCUUGUCAUCGCUGCACGGCUUCAAUCAUCUGGUGGCACCGAACAGACAUCCAGUGGAGAGGUUGAUGUCGUUCCUGGUCAUCGCUGGAUGCCUGUCGUGUUUGAUUUUACUGUCGUCUCUCUUCUGGGAGCGGUACCAGAACGAGGCUGUAACGGUCGCCGUGAAUCUUGAUUUGGACAAAAUGCAACUACUGAAACUGUCUCUGUUCAUUUGCCCGGUGGACAACAUAGUACGGAUCAAAAUUCCGGAAGUAUUCAAAAAAUACGGUAUUGAACACACAUCGGAAACCGAGCAGUUGUUCACGUUCCUCAGUAACAUCUCUUACGAUAACGUACACGAGACGCCUUAUUACUACAAAUUCCCGGCGAAGAACUGGACGGAUGUCCUCUACGAUUUAAAGAAAGAGAUUUCUCCGAACGUCCUGAACGUGAACGAUCCUCACGAGACUUGGGUAUGGACAGAAAGAGGUCUCUGUUUCGCGACGAGAAGCAUGACGGCGAACUUCUACUCGAUGGAGAACUGGAGGAAGCAGAACAUGCCGCUACAAGAUGAUCCAUUCAAUAUUCCACAAUAUCCAUCCGACAGUAAGAUUUUAGAGAAGUUUCGCGUAGAGCAUACGUCCAUGAUCAGCCUACUGGAUCCGUUAGAAUACCCGAUCUUCGAUACUCCUAGGAAAUUGGUAGAAUCAAAAAUGUUGCAUUCUGCUAUUGUACAUACAUACAGAGUUGGGAUGCAUUUGUCCCACAGAAGAAUCAGUGUCAAACAGAGGGGAUGCAAAAUGUUAGUUGACGGGGGUUUAUCAGCGGUACCGUUCUACUCGGAAAACGCGUGUUACGAGGAGUGUAGAAUGAGAGAGAUACUAAAGAUAUGUCAUUGCCGUCCACAUUUCGCUAAACCGAUCGACGGGCAGAUGACGUGCGGCUCGGCGCAACUUCGUUGUAUCGGUCGGAUCAAACACAAACUUUUCCUUUACGGCUUCGCACCCGAAUCCUGCGACUGUCUAGAAAAAUGCAACAAAAAUAUAUACGACCUCAAGCCCACUGCAAGCACCGCAUUGGACGAUGCACCGAUUAGCUCGUCAGUUAUGACUUUGGAGAUCAAACUCCCGACCGUGAUUUACUCCCGGGAGCUGUCGUACGACUUGUCCAGUUUUCUGUCUAGCAUUGGUGGAGCAGCAGGCCUGUUCAUGGGAGCCAGCGUGCUGUCUUUCGUCGAGCUGUUCUAUUUUGUCACGUUGCGUUUGUACUUUCGCACGAAAGAAUAUAUGGCGAAGAGGAUGGAGAAACUGAGUUUGUUCAAAUAUUUGAGGGGGCGAAAAUAACAACGCCUCGUUUAAAAAAUAUCGUUUGUUGUAAACAAGUUAAUUCUUUUCGACGAGCCACGAUGCAAAAUAAAUACUAUCACAUACACGUACGUUAUGUAUAACUGUACACGCGAGCCAAGCCCGCGCAAUGAUUGUACAAUGAUUUAUAAUACAUAGUUAUCGAAUA